UCAUUCUCUUUGGGGCUAUAAAGACGUUGUGCCUUCAAGACAGAGCAAAUUAACUCCAUUGGCGAAUUAUUGCAUUACAGGGCAGUGCUCCGAUCAUCGGUGCGCGACGGCGAUUAGUUUCCUUUUUUAUGGUGACAUUUGAUUCAAGCAAGCGGAUUUCGGUUAAGAUGAUGGAGUACAUGGAGGAUAAGUUUGCGUUGAAAAGCCAAACGAUGAAGGCCAGCGAUUACUACAUGGAUCAGGUCAUGGAGAGUCUGGACAGCGCGCAGUAUUUCACCAAGUCUUCCCCGAAAUGUGUGCAGGCCUUCGGGCUUCAGAGCGGUGAACACCGCUCCUCUCCCUGCGGAGACCAAAACGCCAAUUACGGUGUGCCAAAAACAGACGACGACACUUUGCACUCGGACCUCGGGAGGUCGAUGGACAGUUGUUGCACUCUGCGGGCCUCUCCGGUCACAACCGGACAGGAGAAAACAGAUUUAGACGACAUGGGAGACAAGUGCGACAGUAACGUGUCCAGUAGCAAGAAGAGGAGACACCGGACGACUUUCACCAGCGCGCAGCUGGAGGAGCUGGAGAAAGUCUUUCAGAAAACUCACUAUCCAGAUGUUUAUGUGAGGGAACAGCUGGCCAUGAGGACGGAAUUAACAGAGGCCAGAGUGCAGGUGUGGUUUCAGAACAGAAGAGCAAAGUGGCGGAAACGAGAGCGCUACGGGCAGAUCCAACAAGCCAAAACUCACUUUGCAGCCACCUACGAUUUAUCAGUGUUACCGAGGACUGACAGCUACACACAGAUUCCAAACAACCUGUGGCCCAGCGCUGCUCCCGGUGGCUCUGUGGUCUCCUCCUGCAUGCUGCCCCGAGGCUCCCCUCCCUGCGUCACGUCCUACUCGCACUCCCCUCGCUCUGCUGCCGGUGCCGCCGACCACGGCUAUGUGGGCUUUCCCAAUCAGCAGAACCAGUUCGGCCAUGUCUCCCUCAACAACUUCUUCAGUGCAGACUCCCUCCUCACGCCGGCUGCCAAUGGUCACCAUGCCUUCGAGACCAAGCCCGAGUUUGAGAGGCGCUCAUCCAGCAUCGCUGUGCUGCGCAUGAAGGCCAAGGAGCACGCGGCCAACAUCUCGUGGGCCAUGUGAUGAGGGUUCCAUGUGCAUGUCUGGAAAGUCUGGAAAGUCUGGAUAAUGCUAAUUAUUUUUAGAUUUUCCAGUUUUUACAAAGUGUUGGAACUGUCCAAAGAGCCUGAUAUCAUAUUCAAAACAAGCCGUUUGUCACUCACAGUACAUGUUCUUGUCAUUUACAGACUAGAUGUCACUUAUUUGUUGUUAAAUGAAGCCAACUUCAGUCAUACUGCCCUGCUAUGUAGAUCUGCAUCAUAUGUAACUUUGACCCAAAUUUAAUCUCGUCAAGGACGAAGGGCCUGGGUAAAGUAUGCGAUGGAAAAUGUGUCAGAAUUCGUUGUUCUCUGCAUACUCUAAAAGUUAAUAAGUUCGAGCUCGUAACAGAAAACAUUUACAUAGCUAUAAUGUGUGACAGACAAUCAACUGUUACUGGUCUAAAGCAGAUUUAGUACUGGUACUAGCAUUGAAAUACUUCGACAAUCAAAUGGUCAAAGUCACUUCUCAAAAGGCGGAGACCUCCAUGUAGCUUUACUAAAGCAAUACAUUCGUCACAAUCAUCCAGACUUUCAGGGUAAUGUUCAGUGCGUCGUUUCAGAGCCCGCAGACUGUCGUCCUCUCUGGUCAGACCAGAUGGUUGAAGAACCCUCGUGAUCUGUGGAGGUGAGAGCUGUGAUGUGAAUAAGCUUUCCUUGUUGUUGUUUUUUAAUGGGGGUCAGGAAGUCCUCAGUGUUUACUCCAUCGAGACCGAAAGAAGUGUGAAAGGGAGGAGAAGCAAGACAAACUCCAGGCUCUAGUGGUCCCAGUGUGGGUACAUGUGGAUCCAGAGGGAGGGGUCCCAAACCACUGCAGCAUUUCUAAGCACUGUGAAUAAGUUUUUCUUUACAUGCGCCUUUCGUCCUCCUCCCUCAUUCCAGCUCAGGACUGAAGAUGAGCAGCGUGGAGACAGACUGACUUGACGUACUGACGUGUCUGUGUGCUUUGCAGCAAAGCUCUAUAACCUGUCGUCUGCCUCUGUUCUGUAUGACAGGUACGCAACGCAGACAGAGGAGGCAGGUUUUUGUUUGUGUUGUAAAUUUAUCUGACAGAAGCAUA